AUGUACGCCGCCCCUCUACACCUCUGCAUGUUACGUGCGUGCAGGGCUGGGACCGUACGUUCAUCCUACAGUCUCGUUUGCAAGCUAACUAGGCGUCCCUAUUCGUCAGAAGAUCCUACAAAACCUUCUGCUCGCCUCGUAGUCACUUCGAAUGAAGACAAAGACAGUCGUCUUCCGAGUACGCACGUAACAAAAGUCAAAGAUGCUGUCAAGGACGUAGGAUAUGGUGCUGUGUUGCUUGGUGGAAUUACGCUCACAGGUCUGAUACUUUACAUGAUCAUCCGCGAACUAUUUUCCAGGAAAAGCCCAAAUGGUGUGUACAAAGCCGCGUUUGAUUUAUGCAAAAGAGACACUCGUGAUCUACUCGGGAGUAAUAUCAAGGCUCAUGGUGAAACCAGCCAUCGAGGGCGUAGAAGACAUACGGCACAUUCCUCUUGGAAAGAUGCCCAAGGCCGCCUCCACAUGGCCAUGAAGUUUCAUCUGCAAGGCACUAUGGGCACUGGUGUUGUUCACUUGGAGGUCUAUGAGAACUCCAACUUUCCAAUACUCCUCCUUCUCCAAUCCCACUCCAUCCGUCCGGCUCCUUUUCCUCAAUACUCCCGAUCCACUAAAAAUCAUACUACAAUCCUAACCAGAUCCAAUCCAUCCUUUCCUACCCAUCUACAGCCCUGUCAACCAACUCUCCCCUCCCCUCCAGUUCUUCCUCCUUUCCCACUCACGUCCAUACGAUUUAACGCAUCCCACUCAUUUGCACUUACUCCUUGGAAAUAUCCACACCCUCCAAAUUCACUUUCCCCCAUUCCCCCCGCACGUCUUCCCCCACGGGGGGGGGUCCCCCUCCACAUCAUUACAAUCCUUAACCUCCUCCCUCAUAUCGCAUAUCCCCCCUCCGAUCCACCUCCCAAGCCACUCCACUCUCCCCGCAUCCUCCAAUUCCUCCUUCCCCCGCCCUCCAACUCCCAUCCCUAUUUUCCUCCCUUACCGCCCCCAAUCCCUAUGAUCUCCUCCUCCAUUCCGCGCAUCCCUGUCCGUUCCACUCCUAAAGCACAUCCUCCCUAUGCUCCCUCCCGACACAACCCUGCUCCACUCCCCUGA